GUCGGCUAUAUAUAAGUCUCGGGCACGGCUCAGAACCCGCGCAGAACGUUCGGGAUUCAGCUUGUUACAUUGUUUCAGGGCCGCUUCACACCAGAAACAUGAGGGAAAUCGUGCACCUGCAGGCAGGGCAAUGCGGAAACCAGAUCGGGGCCAAGGUGAGGGGACAUUGGGGGUUGUUCAAUCUUUAUAAAAUAAUGGAUGCCUGUCAUCUUACAGGAGCCAUGCUGGAGGGGGAUUUCUGUGCCCAAGAGCUUGCAAUCAAUAUUGUUAUUAAGGGUUUGGCUAAUCUGUAAUAAAGCAAUAUAAUUCAGAGCAGUUCAGAUCCCACAUCAGGGGUUACUAAGCUAUAUCAUACACUGUAUUAAGCCAUUUGUGACGCCCUGAACCCGCAGAGCUUGCACUCUAAUAUACAGGGGGUGAAGAACAGAGCAGGAUGUGGCUAUGCAGGGUACAGAAUGCAAUACAUGUGAGAGCAGAAUGCAAUAAAGGACAGAAGAAGGUAGCAUUUUGUUGCAGUCUGACCUCCAGAGCUUACACUCUAAUAUGGUGGAGGGGCUACAUUGACUUAUUAAGGGGUUUUAAGUGUGAACAUCUUCCCAGAGAGUGGUCAUUGUAGCUGUGACGCACCAGGAAAUGCAGCAUUGCGAUGACGCCUUGUCUUCCUUGGCAGUAGGGUGUGGUGGGAGCAACUGGUGUUGGUAUGACAGUGUCAUUUAGCUAAAUAAAAACUGCUACACUUUCUGUGUGCUAAUGUACAUGGAAGCCAUUGUGUCUCGGGGUCCAAUUUACUAAAUUGCUAUAAUAGAUACAUCUAUUACAGUGGGCAAUUAACAUUUUAAAGUAAUUUCUAUUCUUCUGAGAUUUGUGGAUGUUCUCGGAGGUAGCUUUAAUUACAUGUCACACCGUGUGUUUUUACGGACAUAUAGGGGUAUUAAUUAAAGCUAUGCAUACAGUCAUUAAUGUGUAUAAAUAUCAAUUCGUGAUCUUGGAUUUUUGUGUAUAGGUAUGCGCCUAUAAUAUCUAUAUGCUUAACUGCUUUCUUUCUAUACUACGGAGAAGGAGUCUCCCUGCCACACCCCUUUACAGCCGGAUCUACCCGCACUGACGCAUACGGGAGAAAUGACCUGGCCCUGUCUGGAAUGACACACAGCCUGUGCGUUUUAUUGCCAAGACUCUGCCAUACAUGGAACCUAUUUCCGCACGCCUUUACACAAGAUAGUAAAUACUUGGGGUAAAAAGCCUGAUGUAUGGUGUCACUGACAUCUGAUUGGAUUGUGGCAUUAUGCGAGGAUUUUAUUUUUUAUCUCCUUAGGACUUCUAGUGUUCACGUUUUCUGAUAUUUAUAUUUUUUGGGUCUUAGAAUGACUGUUUUGUAGAAUUAUUUCGGACCUUUAAUUCAUACACCAAUUCCAUAGCUUGAAUGCAAAUGCAGUAGGGCUUUAAGGUAACAGGAAAUUGUGGAGAAUUGCUAAGAAAAUUAAAUAUUUUUUUUUUGACAAAUAUAGCAGAUCUUGAAAGUGUGGUUUUUUUUAUAAAAUGGCUCGUAAGGUCUGAAAUUUGCCACAUUCCUUGGCAGUUCUUCACAAUUCACGGUUCAGCGAGUAAGCCCCCUAUGCAAGGUGGUUGGCUGCUUUGUCUGGGAUGCAGGAAAAUGGUGGCAUGUCAGUGUUGAAAGCCCAGACUCUAUUGCCAUGAGGCUCUUUUGUCACGAACACAAAACAACAUUAAUCUGUGCUGGUCUUGGUCCUGACACAGAUUUUUCCAUAAUGUGUUGGAUUGCAUGUGUCUUGGGUGGGGGAAGGGAAUACACUGAAUGCAGGAACUCGGAGGGUGGGGGCGAUGAGAGCAGAUUCUUUGCUGCAGCAGACAUCUUUCUUUAUCUGCCUGCUAAAGGGAAGGAGGUGUACGUUUAGCUUAUGGAGAUAUGUGCACUUCAAUUGUAUUCUUUAGAUAUGUUGCUGGUAAAAUGACAUGGCUUUUGUGGAGGGUUUUUACCUGUGUGUAUUUGUAACAAAUCUUUAUCUUGACAUUCAAACAAUAAACUUUUUUUUCUUCUCUCCCUUAAAUGGCUGCACUGCAUUUUAUCACCCUAAUCUAUACGACUUGAUUACGUUCGCCCAUAAAUGACUUGGCAUACGUUCACACUUCUCUAAUUUCUAGAACAGUUCUUGUAGCUGUUUGAUCUGACCAUGUACAACAUGGUCUACAGUAUGUGAACAUAGAACAUGAAUGCCAACCGGCAGACUAUAAAGUCACAGCUAGCAUGGCAGCCUUUUAAAAUCACUUAUUGUGCCUAACCUCACGGUAAGCUGUCAAACUGAAUUGAUGGUCACAGCAUAUGAUUUUCGCAUUUGGACAUCUGUGGAGAUGUUAUGGACUGUAAGAAUCUUAUUUCUAAGCUGUCAAAGCCUGGGAAAUUGAUCCAUAACAUCGCCAGUAUCAACAAGGGUUGGGUUACCUUCUAUUCCUUGCUAUUGUGAAUGACUCAAAGAUGACUUAACAGCUCGGAUAGUGGGUCUCUAGGGAAGGUGUCACUGAACACUUUCACAUACUGAAGAGUGCAAAAUUAGUCUAUGGAAGAUGCCACAAGACAGCAAAAUCCUGCUGAGUUAAGUGCCAUCUCACUUUUCAGGAUUCUGCUAUCUCUGGCAUUGACCAUAGUGUAGAAAUUGACACACGCAUAGUGAGAUGCCAUCGACAUGCAUUUCCGGUCUUGUGGUAAAGAUGCAUUUCUCAAUCAGCCACUGAGAGUCACAUCUGAUUGGAACUAGCAGAUAGUAUGCUUCCUGAAUCUUGCCCUUUGCCUAAAAUCAGCUUGCUGAUCCUGCUUACCAUUAUCUUUUGGUUGUCUUCUGAUUGAAGAUAACUGGCAUUGGAGUAUUGUCGUGUCCCUGGCCAGCUGUUGGCUUGUCUGAACAAACCAGCUCUAUAGCAGUAUAUUUUUGUCACUCAUCGAAAAGCCUUUCAGUAUUGGUGACUUUUAGAUUAAAAUAAUGUAGGCCUACUUUCUGAAUGGGACUUGACACCAAAAAUUUAUGUGUGAAAUUUGGUUUUCGUGUUCUGUAGAGCUGAACGCAUUGUAGUUUGAUAAACCGACUGUUCCGAAACCCCCAAAUUAAGCCUUGUCUAAAUGCUAAUCUUAUAAAACCAUGAGCAGCAAUAGUGUGCACAAUUUGCCCUAGUUCCUUGGCAUUUCCUUGGAGGGUGGUUGUUUGGGGGCUUUACGCAUUCCACCGUCUGAGGUCUCUUAAGAUAAUAGGUUUCUAACUUCUUGAUUACCAAAGCAAUCUGUUUUAUUUGUAUCAUUUAAAAUGGCUAUUUGGCUACUGAAAUCUAAAAUAUUUAGACUAAAGCAGCAUUUAUUGCGUUCAUAUCUCCAAGGAUGUUAUCUUGUGACUUUUAUAGGCAUGUGACAUUCUUGCUAUCUAGACUUUGCUUUCUUGAUAAACGGUAAAUUACUGAAAGUUAUAAAUUACUGCAAAUCGUCUGCUGACCUAUCUGAAACACCUAAUGAUGUGUGUAAUUUGUGUAGCAAGCAGAAUCUUUAUCUACUCAUACUUUCACUUUGCAGUUCUGGGAAGUGAUCAGCGAUGAACAUGGAAUUGAUCCUACAGGAACAUACCACGGAGACAGUGAUCUCCAACUGGAAAGGAUUAAUGUGUACUACAAUGAGGCCUCAGGUAGGAACUGUUUUGGCUGUCUGGUGCAGUGGUGCUAGAAUGACUGUACAACUCUUAUCAAUCUUUACUAUGGUAGUAAAUUUAUCUUGUUUGUAUUGAGGCUUAUUUUUGUCCCACAGGUGGCAAGUAUGUCCCCAGAGCAAUCCUGGUUGAUCUUGAACCUGGCACAAUGGAUUCAGUCCGAUCCGGGCCUUUUGGACAGAUCUUCAGACCAGAUAACUUCGUCUUCGGUACGUAGAAUCAUAUUUGAGAUUGAGGCAUUGUUUUUGGUUUUUUUAACACUAGGCUAUGGUGUUUGCAUACACAGGUCUUGUCUGUCUGAGGAGAAAAUAGAUAUUAACUGCAGUCUAUAAAUUGGACUCUUGGAACAUUUUCACAAGUCAACAAAUCUAGCCUUGUACAUGCUUAGAGGUUUUUUCUUGUGAAAUGGAAGUCAUUUAUUUGCAAUUUUUUAUCUUAAAUUCCUUACAGGAAUUGUCAUAAGUCAUAAGAAUUGCUAUCUUUAAAUAAGAAAUUUAAAGAUGGUAUGUUCAAAUUGGGUUGGUUGACUGAAAAGCUCUGCUUUUGUUAGAAAACAUUGCUUCAUGAAGAAGUGUUGCUAUGACAAUGUAGCAGUUUCCAUGGCAACAUUCACUGUAGAGCCACCAUUGUGUCAUGGGUAGAAACAUCAAUGAGAAAUAAAAUGGAAAGGCUUGCUUUCUCUAAAGAGCUUCUGUUAUUUCCCCAAUUCCACCAACAGUGGGUGGUUUAUCUCUAAAACUAAAUUUAAGAGAAUCUGUGCUGAUCCUCCAGUGCUCUGUCUCCAACCACCUAACAAAUGUUCAGGCGGAUACAGGGUUUCUGACUCAACCAGUGACAUUGUAUAUUGUCACCACCUUCCUGUCCCACCUUGUAGGACAGGAGCCUCAGAUUGUACGAUAGCAGCAGGCUUUGAUGGGAGAAGGGAGGCUCUCCGUUGUUAAAUGCCUUCAGCUGACUAAUAAAAGUCAAAUAAAAAAAUGUCAUUAAGUUGUACUGCAUUAACAGUUUGAGGCUAGACAGGAAAUAUGCAUUCACAGAAAUGGAUACACAAUGGGGUAUGCCUUAAAUCUAUGCUCUGAUACCUGUAUGUUGUGAUGCUGUUGCGUAUCACGUAACAUAAUAGCCACUCGGCAAAGGAUAACCUAUAAAAUGUAUAGACCUUUUAGGUGAUCCUGUCCAUGAAUCUAUGCAAAAACUGUAUAGUCGUUAAUACUCGGCUAAUGACUUUCCAAGACAGACAUCAAGGAUCAACAUAAGUUUUGUAUUUAGGACUUGCCCACUCACAUUUCCAUGGGGAUGUUUAUUAAACUUUACACUGUUCAGUUGUGAAGCACACAGGAAGUUUGUUUUGGUGAGGUCAGACAAUCCAGUUGUGCUGUAGCUGGUGGAAAAAUCAGGCCUCUUUAGGAUGUUUUUGGUAUAUCUUGCAAAACAUGACUUUCCUUAAUAGACAUCCUAUCUUUUUUACAGGUCAGAGUGGUGCUGGUAACAACUGGGCAAAGGGUCACUACACAGAGGGUGCAGAACUGGUAGACUCUGUGAUGGAUGUUGUGAGGAAGGAAUCUGAAAGUUGUGACUGCCUACAAGGUUUUCAACUUACACAUUCACUUGGUGGUGGUACAGGCUCUGGAAUGGGAACCCUUCUUAUCAGCAAGAUUCGUGAGGAAUACCCUGACCGCAUCAUGAACACCUUCAGUGUAGUGCCCUCUCCCAAGGUGUCAGAUACAGUGGUAGAACCAUACAAUGCUACACUUUCUGUGCACCAACUGGUGGAGAACACUGAUGAAACUUACUGCAUAGACAAUGAGGCUCUGUAUGACAUCUGCUUCCGCACUCUGAAGUUGACAACUCCUACUUAUGGCGACCUCAACCACUUAGUUAGCGCCACCAUGAGCGGUGUCACCACUUGCCUGCGUUUCCCUGGCCAGCUCAAUGCGGAUCUUCGUAAGCUAGCAGUCAACAUGGUUCCCUUCCCACGUCUUCAUUUCUUCAUGCCAGGCUUUGCCCCACUGACCAGCCGCGGGAGCCAGCAAUACCGUUCACUGACAGUGCCCGAGCUUACUCAGCAGAUGUUUGACUCCAAAAAUAUGAUGGCUGCUUGUGAUCCACGACAUGGACGCUACCUCACAGUGGCUGCUGUAUUCAGAGGACGCAUGUCCAUGAAGGAAGUAGAUGAACAAAUGCUGAAUGUUCAAAAUAAGAAUAGCAGCUACUUUGUGGAAUGGAUCCCAAAUAAUGUCAAGACUGCAGUUUGUGACAUCCCACCACGUGGUCUGAAGAUGGCUGCCACCUUCAUUGGAAACAGCACUGCCAUCCAGGAACUGUUCAAGCGCAUCUCUGAGCAGUUCACAGCCAUGUUCCGGCGCAAGGCCUUCCUUCACUGGUACACUGGAGAGGGAAUGGACGAGAUGGAAUUCACAGAAGCUGAGAGCAACAUGAAUGACCUGGUCUCAGAAUACCAACAGUAUCAGGAUGCAACAGCAGAGGAAGGAGAGUUUGAAGAGGAAGGCGAGGAGGAGGUUGCUUGAAACCUUCUUGCCCCAUUUUACCUAGUCACUGGAGAGCCCCUUCCCAUCCCCCAAACACAAUCAGCCCCCUCCCCUGCAGUGAGAAGCAGCAGAGACUCUGAAUGGGUGAGGGGUUAGCAUUUUUGUAAACGGUGACUUUCCUAGUCCCUGCCCCAAGUAGAGGCAGAAAUAUUGGGCCAAAAUGUAAUCUUUAACCAGAAAUCUCUGUUCGUAUAAAUAUUUGGGCUCUCAUGUUGGUAGCAUGCCAUUAAUGGAUUUCAUAGUUAACUAGUUUGUUAUGGCUCAUAAAACGGUUAUUUCAUAAUGACUUGGGAGUUUUUUUGUUUUAUAGCUCUACUGUCCUAGUAACUUGCUUUAAAUGGGUAGUGGUGUCUUAAAUUUUAAUUGCUGUAAACAAUGUAAAAUGUAUUGGGCCAAUAACUUUGCAGAAGUGCUACAAAUGGCUCCCUUCCUGCCAAUAACUAGCCCAAUCCUCCCUAACCUUUUUAGCUGCAUGUGACUCCUUGCCUCUUCCUGUGUCAACAUUUGUUUAUAUUCUGCCAAUUGCAACUUAAUGAGCUGCACAAUUAGCAAUUUUGGGAAUUCUUUCUUUAUAAGUAUCUUGUUUCCAGAGAUUUUAGCACAAAGCCCUGUCUCACGCUUUCUCUCAAUGUUUGUUCUUGAAUUGGUGUGCACGGUGUCCUAAAAUUUGUGUGCUUUUUGGGGGAGCGGGGGGGGUGAAUGAGCGAAUGAGGCGCCUGCUAAACAUUCUUUGCAGCAGCCUUUCCAAAUCUCUGCCACUUCAUACGCUGUUUGCAUUUCACGAUUCAUAUUUGGCUGUCCUAUGCCCAUUCAGAGACUCUGUUGCCCCGGUUCUCACUGCCAGCAGUCACAACAGCCAUGGUCAAUCAGCUCUAAAUCUAGUUCAGCACCGGCAGGCUUUAUGACACUUACUCUUUAUGUUGCUGUGCUAACGAUCGUGUUGUGUAUCACUCAUGAGUGACUGGUCUUCCUUUCCAUACCGCUCACCCCAUGACCUUGCCCCACAUCCCCCAAAUAAAUUUGACAUUGAGGUUUAACCUUUUUCUGUGCAAGUGUGGUGGGCCACAUACUGCCUAUUCUCCUGCCAUGUCCAGCCACUUAUUUGUACACCCUGGUAAAGAAAGAAGUUAGACUGCCCUCUAGGUAAAGCUGAAGAUCAUUAGUGUGUUAACGAGAGCUAUCUUUCGUUAUGGACCCAUUAUUUAAGUGGGUUCUGAAAAUUUCCUAAGUUCUUACAACUUCAUGUCUGUUUCAGUGAGUAAUCACGUGUCAUUGUGAAUUUUGUGCCCGAAUCAUUGGACCUGUUGCACAGGGUGGAAGCACUUACCCAGCAAUGCUUUGUCUGCGCACUACACUACUGAAUAAACGCCUGUGCUCAAACAAGUUCUGUUUGUUUUGUGUCUGGGAGGGUGGAUUGGUUUUGUUGAUCGGG